AUGGCCAAUCAAAAACAAAAUGGCCCCAGAUUACCAGUGCAACAGCUAGCAAUUUUAGCCGUCGCUAGGUUUGCCGAGCCACUGGCUCUAACCUCAGUGUUUCCAUACCUGCCUGAGAUGAUAGCAAGCUUUGGCGUUGAAAAGAACGAGAUAGCAAGAUGGGCCGGUUUCACUGGGGCCAUCUUCUCCGUGUCCCAGAGUAUGACUGCUGUCGCUUGGGGGAGGGCAUCCGAUAGGUUCGGCCGGAAACCCGUCAUCCUCGUCGGCCUUGCAAGUACCAUGUGCUGCUUCCUCCUGUGGGGCAUGUCGACGAGUCUUCCCAUGGCCAUCACCGUCCGCGCUAUUAUGGGCGGUGGCAACGGCAAUGUUGGAAUCAUCAGAACAAUGGUGGCAGAAAUGGUACCUGAAAAGGAGCUCCAGCCAAAGGCCUUCUCCCUUAUGCCCCUCGUAUGGAGUAUAGGCUCUGUCUUCGGUCCCGCCUUUGGCGGCUUCUUUGCCCGGCCCGCCGAGCAGUACCCCGAUCUGUUCGGUCAUAUAGAGUACUUCAAGCGCUUCCCUUUUGCACUGCCCAAUUUAAUGGCUUGCUGCGUGUUCUUCAUUUCCUUCAUGACGGGACUGCUGUUUCUAAAGGAAACACUCCAUAGCAAACGCCACAAGCGCGACUGGGGCUUGGUGCUUGGCGAGAAGCUGACCAGAACCUUUCGCCGACCUAUGGGUCACGGAAAACAUAGGAGGCGGUCCUUUGUCGAUGAUGAGGCCUCGGCGCCUCUCCUGGCGGAAUCUGUGUCGAGUUAUGACCAAGCUACUGCCGAGGCCGAACCCCCAACUGUUGGCGACAUCUUCACAUCCCAAACCACUAUCAACCUCUUAUCAUAUACAUUUUUAGCCUUGCAUUCCGUCACCUACGACCAGGUUCUCCCCGUCUUCCUCAACUAUCCCCGCGUGAUACCCGAUGAAAGCAACACACACCUUCCCUUCAAAUUCACAGGCGGAUUCGGUCUAAGCUCUGACAAGAUCGGCACCAUCUACACUAUCUAUGGUAUUCUGUGCGGGAUAGUGCAAUUUCUAUUCUUCCCUUGGCUUUGCGCCCGCUUUGGCGUCUUGGGAUGCUACAGAGUUGCGAUGCUAAUCUUCCCAAUCCUCUACUUUAUCACCCCUUACACGGCGCUCAUCCAAGAUGCCACCAUGCGCUAUGCCAUCUUCCUCACGAUCAUGUUUAUCAAGGGCGUCAUUGUCAUCAUCGCCUUCCCCUGCACCACCAUCCUGCUCACAAAUUCAGCCUCGUCCCUCCGCAUUCUGGGCACUCUCAACGGCUUCGCCACCACCUUCAGCGGCCUCGGUCGCGCGGCUGGGCCUGCCCUCAUCGGCGCCGUGUUCAGCUGGGGCGCGAAAAUCGGUUACGCCAUUGCUCCAUGGUGGUUUCUUGGUUUGAUCGCUGCGGUGGGCGCCAUUCCGCCCUGGUUCAUUGUCGAGGGUGAGGGGCCGACCCGGAGUCUUGGCUCCGGCGGUGCCGAUACGGAGGAGGACAGCCUUAUUCCGCCGGCCGAUGACGAUGACGAAGUGGCUAUUCUUGAUGCGCUUGACGACUUGGAUUCUUCCGGAUCUGAUGACGGCUCGGCAAAAGCGUUGAAGAAGACGAGUGCGAAGAGAUCUUACGGUACCAUAAAGGAAAACGGAAACGGGAUGUCCAAAUGA